AACUGAACAUCUUGUAAAAUAAAUCCAACUGUCAAAACAAUAGUAAACAACACUCGUUUUCCUUGAUUACGAUAAAAAAUAUUUUUUUAAAGUUUUUUAUAAAACUAGGGAAAAAAUCUAGAAAUUUAAACAAAUUUUUAUCAAGUCAUGACUCUCAAACAAAAUUCCGUUCAGAACACCUUAUCGUUCGACCCAUUCAAUGAACCCCUGCUGGCCACCGGGGGCUAUGACCACACUAUUAAGCUGUGGCAACCGUACUCCGGACUGUGCCAGCGAACCUUACAGCACGCGGAUUCGCAAGUGAAUGCUCUGGACAUCAUUCCCAAUGGAAGUAUCCUCGCCGCAGGCGGCUAUCAGCAUAUCCGGCUCUACGACAUGAACUUCAGUUAUCCGGUGGUAAACUUUGAAAGGGUCACAAAGAAUGUUACCCGCGUUGGAUUUCAAGAAGACGGCAAGUGGAUGUUCACCGGUGGGGAAGAUUGCCGUGUUCGGAUCUGGGACAUGAGUUCCCAGAAUCCUACCUGUAAGCGAAUGUUUGACUGUUUGACACCGGUAAACGCAGUGUGUUUACACCCAAACCAAGUCGAACUAGCAAUUGGAAGUCAGGGCGGAAGCGUGUACCUGUGGGACGUGAAAUCAGACGUGCACGAGCAGUUAAUUCCGGAGGUAGAAGCUUCGAUCCAAGACAUAGCCAUCAGUCCUAAUGGACAGUACAUGGCGGCGGUGAACAAUAAAGGUAUUUGCUACAUUUGGAGUUUAUCUAAUACUGCAAAUAGCGAGACGCAGCUAACUCAAACGGAUCCAAAACUGCGGAUAGAGGCCCACAAGAAGUAUGCACUACGAUGUAAGUUUAGUCCUGAUUCAAGCUUAUUGGUAACGUGUUCCGGCGAUGGAACGGCACGGAUUUAUCGAACGGAUACGUUCCAAUUACAUGCAGAACUAAAAAUCGAAAAGUACUGGAUGUGGGAUGCGGUGUUUAGUAAUGAUUCGAAAUAUUUAUUCACUGCUUCAUCUGACGGCCAUGCACGUUUAUGGAAGAUAGAAACCAAAACUAUCGAAAGAGAAUACCAUGGGCACUUGAAAGCAAUUACGGCAUUAGCUUUCAGAGACGGUUCGGCAAAAACGUAGGACGCCAAGGAAUUAUAAUGUCUGCAAAAUAAAUUUAAGUCAUAACAAACCAAUAAAUUUACAUUAGCAUUAUAAA